AUGCCCAUCAACCCAACACACCACCGCACCGACUCCCACCCCUCCUACCCCCGCGCCUCAAUUCUCCCAACCCAAAACCACAGCCAAAACCAAGGCCAAUACCAAAACACAUCCAGCUCUGCUAGUGGCUCCGCCUCAAUGUCCGCCGCUAAGACCAGACAAUACGCGCACCUGCACGCGCAACUUGCGCAGUUGAACGCCAAUCUGGCGGACACGGAGAAUCUGUUGCGGAUGACGGCUGUGCAGGCGGGGGAUAUGAGGUUCCUGGGUGGGUAUAUGGGGGCUUUGUUUAUGGGGAGUGCUAAGGUGCUUGGGGAGGAGGGGGUUAAGGGGAAUGUUGAUGGUGCGAAUGCUGCGGGGGUUGUUAAGAAGGAGGAAGAUUGA